GUCAUUACUACCUGUGUCAUUGAUUCGGAACGUUAUAUUGGCUGUCACAUACAUCCUGUUUUGUAAUAAGUACAAAUAGUUUCAAAAAGAAAGUAGAAAAUUGUCAAAAGUUAAAAUCUUAUAUAAUUUGAGACACACUGUAUGGACUUUAUUUCAAAAUGAAAGUUAGAAAUUUGUUUACAACAGGAACCUUAAUUUGUAUACUUUUUGAAGGAGUUGACUCCGCCAGAAUUCCAACAUAUAGAGAUAUCUGUAACGAGACGAUAUCACUUGGCAGCAACAAUGGUGCUGGAAAAUUGGUGUAUACACAUUACCGACAACUAAAUAGACAACGAUGUAACAUUGUGAUCGAAACAGAAACAGGUCAUCAUUUUGGAUAUGUGUUUAUGGAGACAUCAGCUUUUCGGCAAAUAGUUUUUCACAAUGAUCACAUUUUCUACACGUGUACGUCGGUGGCUUGGAAUGAGGAUGGAGUUGAACGAAAAUAUGGGUGUGUAAAUAGUAAUUACACAAAUAAGAUACAAACAACAUAUAGUAAUACACUGACAGUAGAGGUGCAAGGGGAUGAGUUGACAGAUUUCAACUUUGAGUUAAUAUUCUUUUCGCUCCACUACGGUGCCUGCGACAGCUAUGAAAUGCCUUGUCGCUUAUUGCUGGAAUCACCUUUGACUUAUACAGAUGUGUGCAUAGACAGCUUGCUAGCAUAUGAUAAAACUUUUAAUUUCUGCAAGUUUGACACUGCAUCAGCGGGUUCUGAUAUAAUUGCAGAUGACAGAUCCUACAAUGGAUCUUUGAUAGCAGCUAUUGUGUUAUUGUGCAUAAUUUUUAUACCCUUGUUAAUUUUGACCUUCUGCUUGGUAUACAGAAAGUAUUGUAAAGAUCCGGAACCGGAACCUGAAGAUAUUCCUACGCGCGCAAGAAGACUAUUUGCCUCCAUUAUAGCAGAGGCACAUGAAAAUGAAGGGUACGAUAGAGGGCAAAUAGACCCGAGUAAGUUUGAUCCACCACCUGAUUAUGGGUCACUGGAACAGUUGGAUGGUGCCGGCAUCGGCGGCUCAAUAGAUCACAAUGAUAAAGGACUGAGUCAAAUAUCCGUAGAGUGCCCUCCUAGUUACGGUGAUGUUAUGAAAAACAGUAAUGAAUACCUCGUAUCUAGUCAUAUAUAACACAUAAUACCUCUACUGCCAUGGAGUCUACAAUAACGAAAAUCCAGAAAUUAUAUUUAUUAUCCAUCAAAUAGCAUAUUCAUUCAUUUCUGUCCAUUUUCAUUAUAAUUUUAUUUAUUUAUUCAUUUAUUUACGUUCAUUCAUUCUCUUUCAACGUGUACCACACAUUAAAGGUUAUAUACCGUUUACAUCACAAACAGUUUGUGAAUUAAAUAAAACACAAUAUAUA